AUGGUACCAGGAGUCAGGGCUUUGGGGCCUGGGGCCUCGACCUUCGGGGAGGUGAAGUUCACCAUCAGACAGACCCACAGGAAGGUGGUGGAAGCGAACCUCUGAGGCAUCUUGAGGGCCACAAAACCCUUCCUUCCCUUUAGCCAAAGGGCCAAAGGCCAUGUGGUCAACAUCAGCAGCCCUGGAGCAUGUGGUCAGCCGGCAUGCUCCCCCUACUGCAUGGCCAAGCUCAGGGUGGAGGCCUCCUGGGACUGCCCAUGCUGUGAGGCCUCCUGGGACUGCCCAUGCUAUGAGAUGUUCCCAAGCAUGGUGGAGCCUGGCAUCGCCGCCACCAGCCUCUGCAGCCCCGAGUGCGUCCCGGCCAUCACUGAGCAGAUGUGGGCCCAGCUGCCAGGUGUGGUAUGCCAGGACUACGGCCAUGACUGCUGUGAGGAGAAGGUUGCCAAUGAGACCUACUGCAGCCGCUGUGACUCCACCACCAACACCUCCCCAAUCAUCACUGCCAUCACCCACGCCCUCACGGCCGACAGCCUCUACACCCACGACCACCCCAUGGACUGCUGCUGGUGGCUAAUGUAGAUCAUGACCCACUUGCCUGGCACAGUGUCCUACCACAUCUACAUGCAGUGA